ACAGAGUACAGACUACAGAGCACGAAGCUGAGCAAAGAGAAAGUGGCAUCGACAGCAGACCAAAAAAAAAAAAAAAAUGGUGGGUGAAGAGAUGAGCAGAGAGUUGGGAGGUUCGGUUCUAGUGGAAAAUGUCCAAGCCCUUGCUUCCAGCUACUCCGGUGAUGUGCCACUCCGGUACCUCCUGCCGGAACUCCACGCAGAAGAAGUUUUGGUGGAUGAGUCUCUUCCAAUUCCCACCAUAGAUAUGAGGAAGCUCUUGGUUGAUGAUGAUGAAAUGGGUAAACUUCACUUGGCCUGUAAAGAAUGGGGUUUCUUUCAGUUAAUAAAUCAUGGGGUAGCAGAAGAAGUAAUUAAGAAAAUGAAGGCAGAUGUUCAAGAAUUCUUUAAAUUGCCACUAAAGGAGAAGAAUGCAUAUGCAAAACUCGGAAAUGGGCUUGAAGGUUAUGGCCAAAACUUUGUUGUUUCCGAAGACCAGAAGCUUGAUUGGGCUGAUAUGCUCUUUCUUCAAUGCCUGCCAGCCUCUGAAAGAAAUAUGAGGUUCUGGCCUGAAGAACCCACUUCUUUCAGGGAAACUUUGGAAAAGUAUUCAUCAGAGCUUGUAAAAGUUUCAAACUGCCUUCUGAAGUUGAUGGCUAAGAACCUUUUGAUAAAUCCUGAGCAACUCACAAAUAUGUUUGACGAUGGAAGACAAGCAGUGAGAAUGAAUUACUAUCCACCUUGUGUGCAUGCAAGCAAGGUAAUAGGUUUCACUCCCCACUCAGAUCCUGGUGGACUUACCCUGUUUGUUCAAGUCAAUGAAGUGCAAGGCUUGCAAAUUAAGAGAAAUGGUAAAUGGAUACCAAUUAGGCCUGUCCCUGGUGCAUUUAUCGUCAACAUUGGUGACGUUAUUGAGAUAAUGAGCAAUGGGGAAUAUAAGAGCAUAGAGCAUAGAGCAGUGGUGGACCCAGAAAAGGAACGACUCUCCAUUGCAACAUUCUGUUCUCCGGGUGCUGGUGCAAUCAUUGGUCCUUUACCAGAGCUUACAAAGGAGAAAGGUGCGAUCUAUAAAUCUGUAAGCAGGGAGGAGUAUAUAAAAUUUGUACUAAGUAGGAAACUUGAUGGCAAAAGUACAAUAAAUCUUAUGAAGUUGGAGAACUGAAAGGAUAACCAUGUAUAGUCAAAAGAAUCGAGUUGAAUAAAUUACGUGAUCCAGGGUAAUUUAAGAAAUUUCAAUUUGCUACUAUAGUUAAUUGGGACUAAGCAAACGCAUUGCUACUAAGCAACUCUUUGGAGAGACUCCAAAGAGAAUCCAUAAAGAGCAUGAAACUCGAAUGUUUUGCGGUUCUAGAAGUCCCUGACGAGGAGGUCCGGGAGGAUUGGGCAUUUUGUGCCAAAUAAAUGUCUUGUACCAUUUUUCUAUUCCUUAAUAGGAUAUUCAACUUUAUAUUGCUUACCUUUA